AGCGAGAGUCGACCAAACACCAAAGAAUUUCUGCUCCAGCUGAUUCGGUCGCCAUCUUUGUCGCGAACAUAAACAACCAUGAAAGGGUCUCGUUGGUGUUGAAGUGUCUGGUUGUAGUUUCUGGAGGAGGAAGCGACAGGCCUUUCUUUUUAUUUUAUUUAUUUUAAAUCCACCCCCCACCCCACCAAAGGCUUCCUGUUUUCCGGAGAAGAUGACAGUUGACGUGGUGACCUGAGCCACCGUGACAGAUAUGGGGGUCCUGCGUGGAUUUUCCCACCGGGAGGGACCGCAGGUGUAAAAGUGGGGGGCGGGGACUGUCCUCUGUCCCUGGUGACAUGGACCAAGAGUAUGAGAGGCGGCUCCUGAGGCAGAUUAACCACCAGAACCUCCCGAGCAAGGCCUGCCUGACCAAGAGCCUCGGUGCCGCCUGCAGUCCUGUCAGCGUGAAGUCUGGGGAUCGCUUCAUCCCCACCAGAGCUGGAAGCAACUGGAGCAUCAACUUCCACUAUGCCAACGUGAGACCUUCAUCCAGUCACCUGCUCCUGGAAAACUGCCGCUCUCCGUCUCAGAACUACAAAGCAAAGGAUGCCGGUUCAGAUUCGGGCAAAGAUGCCGUGGCGUAUGCUGCCUUGCUGAGGAACGAGUUGCUGGGGGCGGGAAUCGACUCAGUGCCGGACCCCCACGGAGAUGACCGGCGGCACGCCGUCCUCACUCAAGACUCCCGUGGCCUUUUUAGGUACACUGUCCACACUAAGAGAGUGCCUUUCGACAGCGAUAACGAAGUCUCCCCGUACUCCCUUUCUCCACUUAGCAACAAAAGCCACAAGCUACUCCGUUCCCCCCGCAAACCUGCGCGGAAGAUCUCCAAGAUCCCCUUCAAAGUGCUGGACGCUCCAGAGCUGCAGGAUGACUUCUACCUCAACCUGGUGGACUGGUCGGCGGGUAACCUGCUGAGCGUCGGGCUGGGAGCCUGCGUCUACCUGUGGAGCGCCUGCACCAGCCAGGUGACGAGGCUGUGCGAUCUGUCGGUGGAUGGAGACUCUGUUACAUCUGUGUGUUGGAACGAGAGGGGAAGUCUGGUCUCCGUGGGAACUCACAAGGGUUACGUUCAAAUCUGGGAUGCAGCAGGAGGAAGGAAGCUGACCAGUUUGGAGGGUCAUUCGGCGCGAGUAGGUGCUCUCGCGUGGAACGGAGAACAGCUGUCGUCUGGUAGCCGGGACAGAGUGAUCCUGCAGCGGGACGUCCGGACGCCCCCCUCUGCAGAGAGGAGGCUGCAGGGUCACAGGCAAGAAGUGUGCGGCCUCAAGUGGUCACCUGACCACCAGCACCUGGCCUCUGGGGGCAACGACAACAAGUUACUGGUGUGGAACAGCUCCAGCCUCCUGCCCGUGCAGCAGUACAGCGACCACCUCGCCGCCGUCAAAGCCAUCGCCUGGUCUCCCCACCAGCACGGGCUGCUGGCGUCGGGCGGCGGCACGGCCGACCGCUGCCUGCGCUUCUGGAACACGCUGACGGGUCAGGCUCUGCAGAGCACCGACACCGGGUCUCAGGUGUGCAACCUGGCCUGGUCCAAACACGCCAACGAACUGGUGAGCACUCACGGCUACUCUCAGAACCAGAUUCUGGUGUGGAAGUACCCGUCACUCACACAGGUGGCCAAGCUGACCGGACACUCUUACAGAGUCCUCUACCUGGCCGUGUCUCCAGACGGAGAGGCCAUCGUUACAGGAGCCGGAGACGAGACUCUGCGCUUCUGGAACGUCUUCAGCAAAACGCGCUGCACCAAGGAAUCAAAGUCGGUCCUGAAUCUCUUCACCAGAAUCCGGUAGUGGACGUCCGGGAUGAGGAGCGGCGGUCUGGCUCUGAAUGCAUGCACCAACACACGGCACUGAGGAACUCCCCUUCACAGAGAAAAAACACUACAUCCAGAGAUCUUUUUCCUUUUUUUUUUUUAACCGAGGACGAACUCAAACUUCCUCCAGUCUCAGCUGACGGGAAGAAACGUCAAAGAAACAAAAACUGCUGGAAAAGCUGCUGGUGUUCUCCUGUUUUCUGUUGUGCUAAAGUGAUAUCGUUGUUUUAUUCUGUACUGGCUGAAGUUCACAAAGAGGUCUAAGCUAUAUAAUAAUGUACUGAAGGAACAUUUUUAAAGAGGCGCUGCUGUGGAACAGAGAAGAUGUUGCCGGGUUCAGGCGGGGGAUGUUUCUAUAUUUUGAUAGAGUGAAAAUGAACUGGAGCAGAAUGAAAGGAAGAGAAAAAUAAACCCAAAAGACAAC